AUGCGCCCGUUCGCGUGUGCGGAGCCGGUGUCCCUCUUUGCACCAGACUGUCAGAACAAGGAGACGAACUCUCCCAACCUGGUGGUGAACCAGUUGCGCCUGAGCGUUCAGGAGGAUUCCUGGGCCGACUACGCUGAGUGCAACCUUGGCAUCUCGGGGGACGUCGACCCCUUUGGAAAUCCAUGCCCAGCCGGCAAGUACUGCUGCUUCUGUGGCAGACCGCCCCUGUCAAGCAUUGAAGGUGCGUAA